AAAUUGGCUUAUACUAGCUCGUAAAAACAAUAUUGGAUAUUGGACAUCAUACGUGGUUUAUACGAUCCUCAUGCGUACGUCAAGAUGUCCUCCGAAGACUGUGAAAAUGAAUUGCUUGCUUUAGAGUCUAUUUAUGAAGAUAGAUAUCAACUUGUUCAGUCUACACCAAAACGAAAAGUUAAAGUAUACUUAGAUGGACAAUCAGAUGAUUCACUGUUAACUAAAAUUAAAUGUCAAAUUCUUUUUGAACUACCAGAUAAAUAUCCAAACAAACCGCCAAAAUAUCAAUUACUUAAACCAGAAAAUAUUUCAGACGAAGAUAUUUCUGAUAUUAAAACUAUAAUCGAUGGAGUAAUUGAACGUUCACUUGGCUAUGUUAUGCUUUUUGAUAUCUUAACAGAUGUUCAACAAAAAUUAGAUAGUAUUUGUGAAAAGAUACUUAUCCGUCAACGUAAUGAAGCUAAAGAGAAACGAAAAGCAGCCCUACUGGAGGAAGAAGCGAAAUUUAAAGGCGAUCGUGUUACUGUUGAAUCAUUUUUAGAAUGGAAUGCCAAAUUUCGUGCAGAAAUGGAAGCUUUAAAAGAAAAAAUUAUAACAGACGAUCAAACCAAUAAACGAUUAACUGGACGUGAAUUAUUUUUAAAGGAUAAUCAUUAUGAUGAUUCAGAUCUUACAUUCUUAGAAACAAAUGGUGGUGAAGUUGUUGAAAUAGAUGAACGCCUGUUUAUUGAUAUUAAUGAUAUAGAAUUAAGUGAUGAUGACAAUGAUGAUGGUGUUUUAACGGAAACAGCAGCUUAAACGAUUGUAUCUUUUAUGUAUGAAUAAACUGACUUGCUUUUACUUACAAUUUGUACUUCUUAUAUUAGUAUGAACAAGCGUUCAGGCAGACGAAAAGUAACAACCGCCCACACAUUUUUAAAAGCACAUACACUUUUCCUGAUCACCACCUACUCUUAUUUACGCGUCACAGGAAUUCAAUAAUUGGACUGUUCACUGAUUAGAUUAUGAAGAAAUACAUAUGCUCACGUGGUGUUUAAUUUACAAGGUCACCAAAAGAGUAUUUUUAGAAGAAAAAGAAACUUUUUGCUAAUCUGUGUAUAUCUUUUUGAUUCAUUAUUAAAGGUAGCCUGUAAUCUGAUCCAUUUGUUCGGAAAGCAUACAAACCCCUACCUGUUAGGACCAAGUCGAGUGAAUAAUUCCGCUAAAUACAAAUUCCUGAGUUCUGCCCUCUCUGUGUUUUGGUUGGAUUCGUGUAAUUCGGUCAUCUCGAAAUACUAAUAUUCCGAUUACAAUAAAUUACUGCAAAUUGGCGUCGCGAGCAGGAUUUAAAUAACCUGGGAAAAUUCCCCAUUAAUGGGUCUCUGCGGGAGAUUGCUGAUUAUUUGGAAUGCUUCGAUGCGUGGUGC